AUUCAGUCUUCAGUACGAGCCGAACUCUCAAGACUUCCGCGGGCUGCUGCUGAGCACGUCUACGUUACAGCAAAGUCAGUGUGCCUCGAAGGUACACGGGAGAAGAUGCAGGCAUCUAUAGUCGGACUUCUGGGGAAACCAGGGAGCAGAUUCAUCUGGCUGCGAGGCUCGCCCGGAAUGGGGAAGACUGCGAUAUGCCUGAGCAUUGCGUCCUACUUCAAGAACCAGGGCACCCUAGCUGCAUCCUUCUUUUGGGAUAAAAAUUAA